AUGGCCAAAACACGCAAAAAUGUUCUAGGAUCCGUAGAAGGACUAGAAGCAGAUGAAUAUACCAGUGCUGUUCGAACUUCUCCUCGCACAAAGACCCGUGGAAGACCGCGUGCCGACGCUGCAAAAGUCAAGAAAGAACCCGCCAAACGCGGCAGGAAGAAGAAAACUCCUGAUGAGCCUCCAUUGAUGCUUGGAAAUAAGAAAUCCGAUCUAGCAGUUGCUGCUUCAAAGCUCAGCGGUGGCAAAUUUCCUUCUCCCACACCAGAUCUUAGCAAUAAUUCUCUGUCCAACUCCACAAUGGAGAAGACUGUGUCCAUAGCAGUUUCUGGCGGUGCCAGUGUGACAGAGAAUGAUAUUUUAGCUGCCAGUACGCCCCAAGCUUUGAUGAAGCUCAUAAAUAGUCUCGUUACCACGCAACAGGACGCCAUUUUCGAUAAAUAUCGCCUGACUUCAAGACUUCAAAUGAAUCAUGAUAGCCUGGUAAUCAGCGGACUACGCGAGGAGCUCCGUCACAAACAAGCGACAAUUGAUGCUCUACAAGCGCAAAUUAUAGAAAACGGCGGUGUCAAUGCAGAUGUGUCGUCGAUUUCUGUGGUUAGCUCAACCCCGAGAAGACAAGGAACCAGAGAAUUGUACCAGUCACCAAUCAGGCAGAAAUCAUCGUCGCUGAUGCUUCAGCAGGAGGAUCUCGCCAAUGAGUUGAAAACAAUCGGAAUCACAUUGGAUAUGCAAGAGUUGCUCACAGGAGUCCGAAUCACCAACUACGAGGAUGACCGAGAUAAAUUCUACUUUGACGUCAAACAAACAAGCACUAACAUCGACAACGACGUGGACGCCGUUAGUGUGAUGUACAGACUUGUCAUCAAAAAGAAGUUUGAGCAGACGGCCGAAGUCACAUACAUUCCCAGCUUCCUUCGAGAAGCGAAGAAUGAUGAUGCACGGCGAGUGUCCUUUCAUUUGCCCGACUACUUGAAAGACAACCUCAUCUUUCCCUACAACACUCUUCUGCAGUUUUACGCCAAGAUGAGUAAGGCGUUGAACAAGAGCGCCAAAGCAUAA